GUUCACUUGUUCAACCGUCAGUGAAUUUUAAUAAAUUGUCUCCCUUGAAGCACUAAUAAUGGCAACUUACACAACAAAUAAACCUGCAGUCCGUGACAGUUUCGAUGAUGAUGAUGUCAGUGAUGAUGUUGAUGAUGAAGUAUUUAUCCGAGAUGGAAAAAAUGGCUUUAAAAUGGAUGAAGAAAGAGGUGUAAAAAGACCUUUGAUGGCGCCAAGGAGGAAAAAUAAAUCUGCGAGUGGAAGUCAGUUCCAUCCAGAAAUCUGCAAGCAGCCUCAGUGUCGAGCAUUUUGUGUGCCUUGCUGCUACGGCUUCCUUGCACUUGUGGCAUUGUUUGGGCUUGUCACAUUGGUGGUAGUCUUCGUCAAUAUGUUUCCGUUUCCAUUGGACAGAAUACGGAUUUGGACAGAGAACAUGGUCCCGCAUGAAAAACUGGUUUUACCUUGCACUGAUUUAAAAACACGGAACAUUUGGGUGAAGACAUUCCCAAAAUUAACUUCAGAAGCUGCUUUGAAACUGAAUGAUGUCAACAAAGAUGGUAUUCAAGAUGUCAUUGUUGGUUAUGGAACAGGAGCUGAUGAGAUGGGACUAGACGAAGAGGUUUGCCCCAGCUAUAUGCCAGGAGUGCCAACCUGUCUAGGGGGAGUGAUGGCGCUUGACGGUGGCUCUGGUGCGGUAUUGUGGCAACACUGGACCCACAGGAGUGUGUUGUUUGUCGACUGCUCCACUGACCUCAACGGAGACAAGACCAACGACUGUGUCAUCUCGGGUAAAGGCGGGGUGUUGAGUGCUCUGAGCGGUCUAGAUGGAAGUGUUUUGUGGGAGUUAAAGAAGCCUCCCAGCAAAGACGAUGUCGAUGUUUACGCUGUCCAGUACAUCAACGAUGUUGACUUUGACCUGGUGCCAGAUAUUCUGGCAGCACACUCGUCCAUUGUUGCAGGAGAGGCGCAAGGACACCUGGUGGUGUUGAGUGGUCGGACUGGUCGCGUGGUGUCACAGGCUUCAACCCCUGGCUACCUCCCUGUGUACAGUCACCCUCAGGUUAUGGUCAGACCUGAUGGUACAGAUGUGCUGCUGUUCACCACAGGCAGCACUGAGUCUGCUGGUGGCCUGUAUGCUGUACCACUACACCAUCUUGUCAUUGGAAACAUGUCACAGAGUGUUCAACUGACCAGAGGUGGUGUUAACGAAGCACCAGUCUUGGUAGAUAUCAACAGAGACGGCUCGGAAGACAUAAUUAUAAUAUCAGAUAGCCAAGUGACAGCCAUUGACGGAGUAACUCUGGAACAGAUAUGGAAUGUGUCAGCACAGUCACUACAGAUCUCAACACCCUUUAAUUAUAAAUCUCAAAUACUCAAUUCUCCCACUCCAGCUUAUUUCAACGAUGACGACAUUCCAGACUUCUUGUUUACGCAUGUUGUUGGAUCUUCCUAUCCCGAGUUUUACUAUUCUCUGACGUCGGUGGUGGAUGGUCGCACAGGGCAGCCUCUGAUGGACAAGCCCAUGGUUGCCUCAGCAUUUGUAGAUGUCCCCGGGAUAUCACUGAGUGUUGCGGGUCGAGGCAACGACCUGUUUCUAUACUGGUCUGGCGUCUGCGAGGGAUACGAGAACAACGACCAACGGUUCUCCUUUCUCAACAGCACACCCAUUAGACAAAGGGUAAAGGCAGAUCUUUGCCGCCUCAGGUUCAAUGCCUCGCUUGAUUUGCGACUCUAUGCCUUCAGUGAACACACUGCACCACCGGGCCUGCUUAUAUACUCUUCAGAGAAACGUUGGAAGGAAGAUCACAACACCACUGCAGCACCAGUUGAUCAACAGACGACCUCAGGGCUGCCAAUACUGAAGCAACAACCAACACCACUGCAGCCAACACAACAACUGAAUAAUUUCCAUCACACUGGUGAUUCAGUGGAACAUUUGAAAGCUUCUCCACACCACCACUCACACAACGGAUAUCACAGACAACAGUUUGGUUCCAGUGAUGAGUUGCCAGUGAACCUCAACCAGGCUAUGGAGGAGUACGAGAGACUACGAGAGCGUCGGCCUCAGAUGGAGUGGCAUCCACAGGAGUCAGACUACAGCACCAACAGACGGUACCAGAACCUAGGCAUGUACGGAGGUGUGCUGCCUGACACACUAGGAGUGGGAGAUCUAGAGGCUGGCUAUGGACCAGAGGGUGAUGACGGACCUGUGUUCCCUCCCAACGUGAUGGGACGAGAUGAGAGAGCCGAGGAAAACCGACCACGCCGCAGUAUCCACACCUCUCGGCUACUGCCUCAUGUAGGCUCACCAGGAACGCUGGCCCCAGCGUUAGCAGGUUCAGGUGUGGAUCUGGUGGUGACAACUCAUUGGCUGCCUUCUGCAGAUGUCUAUGUUCGGCUGCCGAGGGACGAACAGUGUAUCCUUGAGAGAAUGAGCCGGAUUACUCCAGAGAAGUACGAUGACCUGGAAGCAUUGCGCGCGACUGUGGAAGAGGAGUGUUUGCUGGCACGAGGUGUUUCGCGCUCGCUGCAGCCGGCCCAUGUCUCACUCGCCGGACAGCUGACUGUGUCGCGUGUCACGCUGGACUGUGUGUGUGACAAAGUAGCGCCGCCUGGUGAGGAGUGCGCUCACUUGUUAUCGUACGAGAGACAGUCUUGUCCUCAGCGGGGACCAAACACAUACUACAAGCCUCAUUCCUUCUCACGACCUGUGCUUGCUUGACUACUCGGAGACAAUUAAGCAGGAAAUGAUGUUGGUAAAGAACAUGCAGCAGGACAUUUAAAUUUUUGAAUUCAGAUUAAUGCCAUGCACCUCCUGGCUGAAAUAACUUUUGAAAUGUAUAAUUUUGCACCAUUUGAUUAUAAAAACACACUGAGUUAUUCGCGCGUUAUUCGGAUCUUAAAUAUACCACUAAGUUCAAAAAAAGUUAUUUUAUAAAUAAUAAGUUAUUUAGAUAAGUACCCCCACCGCAGCAAACCUACAGACUAUUUCAAAUUUAUCCAGUUCUACCCAUUCUUGGAAAGUUUCUUCAAAUUCGGACCAAAAUUAGUCCAGUUAUCUUGAUAGACACACACACAUAUUAUAUCUAUGUUAUCCUCUUGUAUAGCCUCUUGGGACAUCAAAACAAAGAAAAAAAUCUUUCCAGGGUAAUAGCUGUUUCCCUACAUGGGAAAUUUGCUAAAACUCACAGUUAUGGAAUGUGUAGGCGUUCCAUUAAUGAACACAUAAGUUUAUUCCUUAUUCCAAACAAAUAUUGCCUAGAAAAAAUAAGUAUAGGCUAUCCCCAAUUUCAAACACAUUAAAUAGCCUAGUCUUUGUAAAUAUGAAGAAUUUAUUUUUUUCCAGUGUCUCAAAGCGUAAUUUAAUAAUAAGUGAGCUGUAAUAGUUUUUGUUGAUAUUUUGGUAUUUGCUGUAGUGCUAACAGUUGUACACUGUGGCAGUUGGGCUAAGUUAUGUUAUUCAUCCCAAUCAUGUAAACCAUGAAUAAUUAAUUACUUACAUGGCUAUUAAGUUAUGCCUACAACCUUAAAAACAACUCAAUAACUUAGUUUUCCUUUCAUAUAUCAAACAUUAGCAGCUAUUGUAAGGAUUAAAGCUUUAUCUAUGAUAUACCUUUUUGUCCUAUUUUUUGGGUGCUUAGUUGUGUUGAGAAAAGAGAUGUUUUAUAAAGUUUUAUCAUUCAAUAGUUUUACUAAUAUUAUAUUUUGUGUAAUUUAAAGUGCUAGUACUAAGUAUUACGAAGGAAUUUAAUUGUAAAUGGGGCUCAUAUUGCCCAAAGAUACUUGUAGUGUAGUCAUAUAUUAUAGCUUUUUAAAAUAUAUAUUCCCAAAUGAAAUCCCUUUUAAAAAUGGUAUUAGAAUCCUAGCUAAGGAUUGAUAUUUUUUUUUUGUUAGAUUCAUUUUGAGAAUAAGCUUUUGGCUUAGGAGCACAUUAAGAAAGAAGGAAUUGAUAUACUUACCUAUAAACGAGAUGCAGGCAGUAGAAAGCACAUAAGUUUUCACAUUUUCUUUCAUUCUUCUGAAGAGCUAUCCCGAUUUAUCCUCUUGUAGUGGCGAGAUAUCAAGUUUAUUUUGUUGUGACCUUUCUCUAUGCUUUCAACUGCCUGGAACUCUUUUCUUGGGUAAUUAAGGAUUUUUUGUAAGGAUAUCAAGUUUAGGUACAUGGGAAAGAGACCAAUCUGGCACAAGAAACACAAAACUACUAUUGGGUUUGACAGUACCUGACGACAGUUCCAAAUUGUAACAUUCAGGAGUUAUGAUAUGUUUUCUCUAACAAAGCCGAAACAUGACAACUACUGUAGAAACCAUUGGCCAAUAUUACAGUUCCGGGGCUAUUACAAAAGAUUUUAAUGUAAGACUUUCUAUUAAACAUUAGAAUAUUUCACCCCCACUGAUAGUAUUUUCAACAAACUAAGGAAAGAGUUAAUUGGAGAGAAAGUUGUGUUUUGGUUUAAAGUUAUGCGUUUCUUGUGUCAGAUUUGACUCUUUCCCACUCAGGUAAGCCUGCUGCCAUCACAACAAAAUCCUAAACCCAAUGUUCUUGGGCUCUAAUGUUACAUCCUUAACAUAAGUUGUUUAUACACACAUUUUAAAAUAAUUUUGAAGAAAUUCUAAUUUUAGUUUAUUGUUAUUGUUAAGCCCCAUGUUAAAACAUUUUUGGAAGGGGUUUAGUUUUUCAGUUAUAACUUUUGUGGAUUAUUGUUUAUAAUUACCUAUUUUUAGAUUCAACAAACUUACUGAAAAUUAGAUUUUUGCUUUGGAUUUCAUAUUUGAUCCUGAAACUAUUGAUUCGAUUAAAGUAAGUCAAUGUCACUAUGAAACAACUAUAAUUAUCGAUUUAUAUUGUAAUUCAUAUUUAUUGUCUAGCCUAUCCUAAAUAGCUGUAGUAAUACUUAUUUUCAUGUACAGUGGAGUAGGAUAUUUUUAUAUAACUAAUAUUGUAUGAAAUUUGUAUGUAGCACAUUUUUCAAUUUUUGUGUUUAGAGAAAAAAGUAGGUAUCUAUGUUGACAUAAUGUAAUUUUUACAGCUCAAUGAUAGUAUACUAUACUUGUUUUAGGUGAGACAUUCUACAUUUCAAUCUAGUAUGCACAAUAAAAUAAUUGGUAGCUAAGCAUGUGACCCUUUAUAAUUCAUGGAAAUAAGCUAAGAUUAUAAUCAAAACUGUAUUUUUUAUAUAAUAAUAGAACUUUUGGAAACAGUUCAGCUAGCUUUCCAGAGAAAAUUCAGUCUAAGGAAAAAAUCAAAUAAAAUAAGCACAUUGCCGAUCUUUUGAUUUUUAAUGAAUAGAUGGAACAAUUGUGUAUAUAUUUGAGUAAUGUUUAGUUCCUGGACUCUGAUUUUCUCAGGCAAGCAAACCCAUAUUUUUCCAAAUGAAAAAUACAAACUUCUGAAUCUGUAAGGGUUGCGCUCUACCUCAGCUCGGAAAUCUCAGCUCGGGCUUCAGUUGCUAUGUAUCGCCAUUGAAUGGCGCCGCGAGAAGCGCUUGCAGACGUUCACGGUAACUGCCUUUGUAAACUACCAAUACAUGCUAGUAAAAACAAUGAGUGGGGUUUUACAAAACAAAGAACAAUCUAUGAAACCCUGGUUUUAGAUUUUAAAGUAACAAUUGUGUAUUAAUAUAUAGAUUCUAUAAUAAGUUAAAGCAGUUUAAAAUUGCUGUUUUUCGUCUACAUUCAAAAGAAGAUUUUUGGUCUUUAUCGUACAAUAAUAAACAUUUUGCAACCAGAAUAAUUUAGAUAAUUUAAUCCUCUUCAAAAUGACACCCUUACUUUGAUUCUACGUUUAAUGUAGCCUUCGGAAACACUGUUGCCCCAGACCCUUGCGUCUACACGAAACUGCAGAGGUAGAGCGCACCCUUAAAAUGCAAAAACUCGUGACAUUAGCCUAAGAAAGGGUGACUAAUUGGCACAAACCUUUUAUCAAAACUUUACCAUCUAAAAACUGUGCUUUUAUGUCAACAAUAUUUGUAGAGCACUUAAUUUACAAUGUUGGUUUUUCUUAAAUACCUUAAGAAUUUAAAUUUGAAUUAUUUGACUAGUCAAACAUAUUUUAAAACUCCA